AUGUUUAGCAAAAGCUCGAUUCCGCAAAGAAAAGCGUUCAGUAUGACGAAAGAGAAGUUCAUUGAAGAUAUAAACGCACUUAGUACGUCUGAGGAAGAACGCAACAAGUUGUAUUACUGUUUGGAUGAAAAGCCCCCUCAAGAGGCAAAAUUCGGAAAGUUGGAGGACUUUUUAAGGGGUUCCAACGAUUUGGAGGUUGUUUCAGAAGAUUUGGAGACUUUGCUCAAGGAGGUAAAUAAGUUGUCAAAGGAAGUUAAAGGGACGUUACAAAGUAUUAAAGAUGAGUCAAAUAUGAUUUUAAGUUAA